AUGCAGGCCGCUGUGUCAGAAUCCCGCGACUUCGUAGCAGGCGUUUGGAAGCAGUGCUUUGGCCUGGGGGGCGACUUCACAGUGGUGGUGGAGGAGCGCCACACAGCGAGCUCUUCGCAGGAUGUGGUUCGAAAAGAGUUCCUGGUAUAUGCUGCCUUGCUGUCCAAGUCCUCGCCGGUUUUGGCAGCUAUGGUCGACUCGGAGAUGUUUGCUGAGGCACGACAGGCGCAGAUGGUCAUUACGGAUUUUCCAGCCGCCAUUGUGGAGCUCUUCCUAAAGUUUCUGUACUCUGGAAGUGUGGAGGGAGGUGUCUUGGAGCUGACCCAGGUUGCCGCCAUGGGAGAUAAGUACCAGAUCCCAGAGCUGGUUUCUCUCUGCACCGAGACUGUUUCGACUGCCUUCGUGGACGAGGAGGCCACUGUUGACGAAUAUUGCUGCAAAGUUUUCGAGUGCGCAGACCGCCUCGGAUUAGCCAAGAUUCGGGGCGACUCGAAGACCACCAUCUUGCUCGAUGACACGGGCAAGACUCUUCGCAUGCACCCAUCUCUCAGCCCGCGGCUGCUGUCGGAGAUUUUGCGCUCAGAGUUUCUGUGCAUCAGCAAUGAUGACCUUUCGACUUUGCUGCAAUCCUGGGGCUCGGGGAAGAAGCGAAAAGCGGCGUCGAUGGAAGAGGAGGGGGGGGAGGCUGACCAGCUGCAGCAGGUCAUCGACGAGUGCUUGGCUCGGUUGCCGAGCCGCCGGCCUCCCCGAGAUUGCGACGACGUUUUUGUUGAGCUUUGGCAGCAGUACCAGGCCAGCGGGGGAGGCACAGAGGGUUCCUUCCUCGGGCACUGGAUGACGGUGAUUCUGGGUGCCCCCAGCCGCCGUAUUCUGCGUCAGCAUCCUGAUUGCGAUGACCAGUGUGCGUUGCUCGAGUCUUGCGCAUCGAAUGGAAUGUCGUUGGACCGUGGUGCAGAGCCAACACUCAAAAUGAGCGGAAGCUCUGUGAUUUGGAUGCUCCCACGCCAUUCUAUUUGGGUGUACGGCUUUGAGUUCUUCAACAGGUCUGACCUGUCGAAGACGCAUAUCCGAAUCUUUUGUGGGCAGAACGGUGUUGACUGGCAUCUGACCUUUGAUUCGACACGACACAAAAACCUCUUUGAGUGCGAUCCACCUUAUCAUGCAGUGAAGCAAAUCAAGCUGCAAGUCUUGGAAGGAGAGUUCACCGACAGCGUCUCCGUACUAGGCAUCCUCCACGAAGAUUGA